AUGGUCAAAGACAACGAAACAGUAAUCAAAGAAUUCAACACCCUCAUAAACAUGACUCCCUCAGAUCUAGAAACCUGGCUCGAAUCCCCCGAUUCUACAUCCUCAGGCUGGGCCAAAGAAGACGGGAGUGGAGAAACUAUCGGUCACGAUUCGUACUCCUCCCCCUACCCAUCCACCUACCCCAAUUCUAACCUCAACAUAUUAAUCUUUGCUUGGCAGUGGACGUAA